ACAGAAUAACUUAUCCGGAGAACUUCAAAGCAGCUGAAUCUUCAGUUCAGCCCUCCCAAACAGGCCUUUAAAGUCCAGGAUUCAGGGCCAUAGGGGCUACAAAGCACAAAACUACAAACCCAGGCUACAGACGGGAUCCGAUCCAACUAUUCGGAAAAUGCAUCAACCAACUUUGAGCAGGCUAACAACCUUUGGGCCAGAUUCGCUGCUAAGGCCGACGAAAUUACUUAUAACUGCAUAGCGCGGCUGGCAGGCCGGCAUAGCUAUUGAUCUAAACAUUUUCCCUAUAAUCGACUGAAAUAUCUCCUACUACAGAACAUUUUUUGGUUUUUAUCUUGGGCGACAUCAACUGAAUUUCAUAGAUCGAGCAUUUUUCCUUCCAUGGAAGAGUACCCAGAGGAGCUCCGAACUCCACCAGUUUCUCUGGUCUCUCUGGUAGGUUGUCCCGAGCUUCACUCGACGAUUUCAACUUAUCUUCACUCGGAGCAGCCCCCCAUCAACACUUUAGCAUUACCGGAUUUCUCGAAGAUCUCCGUACUGUCUAGGUCGAAGAAGGAAACCCUAGAUUCUGGUCAGCCCGGCGGGAUCUUGAAGCGAGAUUGGUUAUUGAAGCACCGAACCAGGAGUCCUGCCGUCGUUGCUGCUUUGUUUGGUUCAGAUGACGUUUCCGGCGACCCCGCGCAGUGGCUUCAGGUCUGCACCGAACUUGAAAAUCUAAAAGCUGUGGUUCGUGGGAGGAACAUCAAACUCACUGUGGUGGUUGUUCAGUCAUUUGAUAAGGAUGAAGUCAGUGAAGACCGUAUGAUUGCUCUGCGGAAGCGUGCUGAAAUUGAUUCCAAGUAUCUUCUGACCUUUGUACAGAAGAGUUCAUCGGACCUAAAGCAUUCCCUUAACAGAUUAGGAAGCAUAGUUGCAGAAUUAGCAAAUACGUAUUACAGGGAUGAAGGGCGAAGAGUAAAAACCUGCAUUGAGAAAAAGAGCUUCAGUUCUGUUGACUUGAAUAUUCGUUACUGCUUCAAGGUUGCUGUAUACGCAGAGUUUCGAAGAGACUGGGGUGAAGCGUUGAGAUUUUAUGAGGAUGCCUACCGUGCACUGCGUGAGAUUAUUGGGACAUCAACAAGGUUGCCUGCAAUUCAACGCCUGGUUGAGAUAAAAUCAGUUGCAGAACAGUUACAUUUCAAGGCAUCAACUAUAUUGCUGCAUGGUGGAAAAAUUAUAGAAGCAAUUGCAUGGUUCCGCCAGCAUCAUGCAGCUUACAAGAAACUCAUAGGGGCACCUGAAGUUAUUUUUCUGCACUGGGAAUGGAUGAGUAGACAAUUUUUGGUAUUUGCUGAGUUACUGGAAACAAGCUCUGCAGUCAUUCCAAGCAACACUUCUCUUCCUUUAGUCACAAAGGAUAAUAAACCUUUGACAGAGUCAGAAUUCAAUCCAGCUUACUAUUAUCAGUUGGCAGCACAUUACUUGAGGGAGAAGAAAUGUUGUCUGGAACUUGCUUUGUCUGCAUCAGAAGCUGUAGCUGAAAUUGAAAGCAGCGCUGAUUCUGUGAUACCAUCUGUGUAUGUUGGUCAAUUUGCACGAUUACUUGAGCAAGGGGAUGCACUUGUAAUGCAAAAUCUUACUGAUGCAGAGUACGUUCUCUAUGCCCUCGCAGAAGGGAAGCGGUUUCAGGAUUCCUUUGAAAUUAUUGCUCUGCUCAAAAAGUCUUUUGAGUCGUACAGUAACCUUAAAGCCCAGAGGAUGGCCUCUUAUUGCAGUUGUCAGAUGGCCAGAGAAUACUUUUCUGUUGGCAAGUUUGAUAAUGCAAAAGAGCUUUUUGAUGGUGUUGCAAGUCUUUACAGGAAAGAGGGUUGGACCACAUUGUUGUGGGAUGUCUUAGGUUACCUACGAGAAUGCUCCAAGAGACUCGGUUCAGUGAAAGAUUUUAUUGAGUACUCUCUCGAAAUGGCUGCAUUGCCUAUAUCAUCUGGUGAUGAGGUUCAAUCUCCAAUUCAUAAAGGAGAAUAUGGGCCAGCUGGUUGUGCUAGUCUUCCACAGAGAGAGAGAAUAUACAGCGAAGUUUUUGGUAUCAUGAAAGGAGAAUCUGGUUUGACAUCAAACGAAGGAAAUGUUACCCUUAAUGUAACCCCUGAGAGGCCCAUUCGUCUUGAGAUUGAUUUGGUCAGCCCCCUUCGAGUGGCAUUUCUUGCUUCAGUUGCCUUUCAUGACCAGGUGGCUAAACCUGGUGCAUCCAUAUUUUUCACUCUGUCCCUCAUUUCACAACUACCCCAACCUGUUGAAAUUGAUCAAUUAGAAGUCAAGUUCAAUCAAUCUGAAUGCAAUUUCACCAUAGCCAGUGCUCAGAAAGCACCCAUAUCUGCAACUUCCAUUGGAAAGACAGGUGCCCGGGUAGUGACAGCUCCAGUUCUGACUGUAGUCACAAACAAGUGGCUACGGUUGACUUAUGAUGUUACAUCUGAACUAAGUGGAAAGCUUGAAUGCAAAUCAGUGAUUGCGAGAUUGGGACCCUUGUUCACAAUCUGUUGCCAAGCUGAAAGCCCUGCCUCAAUGAAUGAUUUACCACUUUGGAAGUUUGAGGACCAUGUGGAGACAUUUCCAACCAGAGACCCUGCUCUCGCUUUCUCUGGUCAGAAGUUUAUCCAGGUUGAUGAGCCAGACCCACAGGUUGAUCUUGUUUUAGGUGCUUCCGGCCCGGCAUUAGUUGGAGAGAGGUUCAUGCUUCCAGUUACAAUUGUAUCCAAGGGCCAUGAAAUCCAUUCUGGUGAAUUGAAAAUUAAUCUGGUGGAUGCAAGAAGAGGUGCUGCAUUGGGAAGUCCAAGGGAAAUGGAACCAAUAUCUACAGACAGUCUCCAUGUUGAGCUUCUUGGUGUCUCUCGACCAGAUGGAGAUGAUGAACCACAAACUGGUCAGGACAAUAUCUGGAAAAUUCAGCAUUCUUUUGGGUUGCUGUCUGUUCCCUUUGUGAACCUUGGAGGGUCCUGGUCUUGCAAACUAGAAAUCAAAUGGCAUAGACCCAAACCAGUCAUGCUGUAUGUGUCACUGGGCUACUUGCCAACCAGCAAUGGGUCUACCAUCCAGAAAGUUCAUGCCCAUAAAAGUUUGCAGAUUGAAGGGAAAACUGCCAUUAUGAUUGGCCAUCGCUUUAUGCUGCCAUUCAGAAGGAACCCGUUAUUGCUCUCAAAGAUCAAGGUAGCCCCUAAUUCUAAUCAGUCAACAACGCUGGCAUUGAAUGAAACGAGUAUCCUCAUUGUUAGUGCAAAAAACUGCACUGAGGUUCCACUGCGAUUGGUAUCCAUGUCCAUUGAAAUGGAUGAAAAUGACAUUGGAAAGUCGUGUACUGUGCGACAAAGAGAUGAGAGCCAAAAGGACCAUGCUCUUCUUGUGCCAGGUGAAGAGUUCAGAAAGGUUUUCUCUGUCAUUCCAAAGAUACAUUCUCCAAAUCUUGCCAUGGGAACAGUUUGUUUUACGUGGAAGAGGGAUUCUGGGCUUGACAAGCAAUCUGAUUCCAACAUAACAGAAGCUGGAAUCAUAACCAGACACAAACUCCCUGAUGUGAACGUGGAGAUGGCGCCCUUGGUCGUGAGUUUGGAGUGUCCUCCUCACACCAUUCUUGGUAUUCCUUUCACAUGUUAUGUGAAAAUCCAGAAUCAGACAGAGUUUCUCCAGGAGGUCAAGUACUUGAUUGCAGAUUCUCAAAGUUUCUUGUUAUCUGGAUCCCACAAUGACAUGGUUUCUGUGCUGCCGAAAUCUGAGCACAUCCUUGGUUACAAGCUUGUGCCGCUUGCUUCUGGUUCACAACAGCUUCCCCGUAUCACUGUAACUGCAGUGAGAUAUUCAGCCGAGCUUUCCUUGCCUCAGGCUACAUCUACGGUUUUUGUCUUCCCCUCUGAGCCUCACUUUAAAAUGGGCAACUUGAAAGAGAAGGUAACAGAGAUUGUUACUACUGGAGCUUGAAUAAUCCCACUCUACAGGGGUGAAAUCCUUCUCCAAUCUCCAUAAUCAGGAUGAGCAAUUUCUAAGAUGUGUCAUAUUCGUUGGCUUGAGCUGUCGGUUACAACAGUGUUGUUUCUUAUAUGUGGGUUAUUUCUUGAGUCCUCCCUCACAGGCGAGAGACUUGAAUCAGCUAUGUGGCACGGCGAUACAUGCCAUAGGUUUUCCAGAUUUUAACUCUAUGGAAGGGCUUGGUUGUUUCACUGGAUUUAGCUUUCAUUGAUCCCAUAUUGGCAUUAGACAUGGAGUAUUAUCCAUUUAGUGAUUCAAGAUGCUAGUUGAUAUCACAGAUCAAUUGAUAAUUAAGGAUCAAAGUGGUCGGUAUGCUAUACCCCCAUAAAGCUGUUCUUAGUCAGUUAUUGUGUUUUUCUGCAUUUUCUCAUUUUGCUUUACUUAAUUUGUGGUUCGUUAGUGGCAACCAUCAAGUAGAGAUGUGCAAAGAUCUACACUGAUUGAAAUAUGUUUACGUUUUUAUAUCA